AUGAUAUCCCCGGAUAACUCUUAUGCAAGUGUUGUUAAAUGGCCACCUAAUGGUCGUGGUGAUUGGAUUAAGACUCAUGUUGAUGACAUUUUAGUCAUUCCGUCUGGUGAUUUUAUAGUGGAAAAGAGAAAAUGUGAUUGUCUGGUUAAAGUUAGAGAUUUCUACUCAUUACCAAAUAUUCGUAUGCUUUGCUAUGAUGAAGGUUUUGAAGAUUUUGAUCUAAGAUAUGCUGGUGGGUAUUGGGUUAUGAUUGAAUUCAAAGUGAAAGAGGCAUGCACAAAUUUCAUGACUUAUGAUGGUUUGAAUCAUUGGUUUGUUGAAAAACAAGAGCGGGAUAGGAAUUUUACUCCUCUUGAAAGACUUGUGUCGCGAGAUAUCGAAGGAGUUCCUCUCCAUGCAUUGAGUAAGGAUGCUUUUAGAAGAAGUCUAGCUAAGUGGGGGUAUAUUGCUCAUCUUGACGAUUAUCUUAGUGAAGAUGUUUAUAAGAACCAGAUUUGUAUUUUGACCAUAUUCCAAGGAAUUAUUUCGGAAGACAUUAAGAUCAAGGUUGAUGAUUUAGUUUUUACUAUUCACAUCAAAGAAGCUUCGGGAUAG